AUGAUAAAAAGGUUUAUCGUUCUACGCUUUUUUUAUCCGUGCUGGAAAUACGGAGUAUGGAUACCUCAUGAAUUAUCAUCACAUCAAUUGCAACAGAGAGUUGAUACAUGUAUGGAUCUAAUCACAUCUCAUCGCAACUAUCAAUGGUUAUCCAAUCGGAUUACUGACGAUGAGAAGUGGGUGUUGUAUGUUAAUUACACGCGUAGACGUCAGUGGUUGAGCGCUGGUCAAACAGGCGUAGCAACACCGAAGACUGAUCCACAUCCUAGGAAGUCGAUGCUGAGUGUCUGGUGGGGUAUUAAAGGAGUUGUUCAUUGGGAACUUCUACCAAAUGGUUACACCAUCACUGCUGAUCUAUACUGUCAACAAUUGGAUCGGGUAGCUGAAAAACUCAAGGGAAAAUAG